AUGGAGGAUAGUUUAAGCGUAAAAUCAAAUGAGUCUGUAGCUACUAGUGAGGAAUUUGAUUUCGUUGGCGAAAAACCUGGUGUUAGCAGGACACCUACAUUGGAUUUUAAGAACGGAGGUUUAAAUGAACUAAAGGACGCUCUUACUGAAGUAUUACUAGAAAGUGACGGCAAAAUGAACGAUGUUGUCGAGGAGGUUAAGCAAAUCGGGCAUUCAACGUUUUACAGCCUAGUUCCACCAGGAAAGGAUCCUUUAACAAUGGAGCAAAGUUUGUCGCCCACUGAAAAACAGGAUAUAAUGAAACCAGAUUCAAGUGAAGAAGAAGAAGUCAUCAUUAAAGUUUCAGAUGUUGACCAGGAAUGCACUAUAUUUUCUGGUGUUACUUAUUUGGGUGCAGCUGCUAUAAAUGCGCCUAAAUCUGAAGCUGAAAUUCAAAGAAAUAUGGCCAUCUUAAAUGAACAAAGUUCAGAGCUGGGAAUUAAAGUGUCUGUAUCUGUGCCAUCUAUGUCCCAGGGAUUUGUUGUGUUGUAUGAUGCCUCCACAAAUUCUGUAAUUUCACGAUAUGAGAUUCAUAGGAUUGUGUUUUACACUCGUGGUUCUGUAGAGACUCCAGAAGGCAGUUGUUUUGCAUUCACUUGGUCCCAUGGGGAUACCCAGGAGUCUGCUAUUUAUCAGUGCCAUGUGUUCAGAUGUGAUAUUGUUGAAGCAGUCUCUAGAGUAUCAGGUUGCUUUGCUAAAGCUUUUAUGCGGGUACCAAGGUCAAUGAGUAGUUCAGUAGCUUCAGCUGCAGAUAUGAUGACUGGAUCCAUCACGACUUUAUCUGAAGCACGAACAUUAAUGUACGUGUUUGAAGUUAAUUUGGAAAUCAAGGAAGAUGAUGGCAAGGGAACAUUUCAUUCAGUUGGCAAAGACAAAAGUGGCUUUAAAUUGAAAGCGAAUUUGGAGAAGCAAUUGGCUAUUGGCAUUCGUCAAGUUUCGGAUAAUGGACCACAACUGCACAUCGAACGUUGUUUUGGGGUUUUAAUAGCUGCCGGAAGACACGUCAAACAUUCUGAUAUGCAACUUCUUGAGAUGAUCGAGCAGGCAGACUCGAGCAACGAGAAAAACUGCACGACCAUCUGCGCAUCGUGGGACCUUUCGGAACCUUCGUUUGGCCCUUUUAACGUUGAGACGCCCAAAGAUCUGAAACAGUACAUGACAGUCGCAGUAGACCUGGUAAUACGUUGCAUUAAGGAGCCGGUGAGGUUUUUAAUCGAAACCCCUGUGAGAAUUCACGGACCGAACGAAAGAAAUUUCUGGUAUUUCCAAAGGAAAAGUCUUACUCAGCAGUUCUUCCUUAACUUGAAAGAGGUCACGUCUGCCGAAUUGAACGAUGUGUCCUACGAGGUCCUAAACAUGGAAACUUCAGGCGAGUUGGAUAGAAACUUGUUGAAUCUGAAUCUUAAUUUGUCCAGCCUUAUACAAUCACCCAGUAUUACGUCUAUUGAUACUUUAACUCCCAAAGAAGAAUAUCAUUCAGAUGGAGACGAACCUCUAUUAAGCGGGACAGGACUUGUCUCUAAAGAUUGUUCCGAAGACGUGCUCGAAAGUUGGGCGGACGUUUUAAACAAAUGGAAGUCCACAAAACAAAAACCUAAACAACUUGCCGGAUUGGUCCGUAUGGGAAUCCCCGAGGCACUGAGGGGUGAAGUCUGGCAACGUCUAGCGGGUGUAGAGGAAAACUCGGAAAUGCUGGAGAACUACAGAAUAUUAAUAACUAAAGAAAGCAGUUGUGAAAAUGUUAUACAAAGAGACAUUGCAAGAACAUUUCCUGCUCACGAUUUCUUUAAGGAAAUAGGUGGCUUGGGACAAGACUCUUUGUAUAGAGUUAGUAAGGCUUAUGCUGUCUAUGACUCCGAAGUUGGGUACUGCCAGGGGCUAAGUUUUCUAGCUGCUACUCUACUUUUACAUAUGCCAGAAGAACAGGCGUUCUGCGUUUUAGUCAAGCUGAUGUAUGACUAUGGCCUAAGAGAUCUGUACAAAGAUGGCUUUGACAAUCUGUAUUUGCGACUCUACCAACUGAACAGACUAAUGGAGGAGCAGUUGGCGCCCCUAUUUCAACACUUUAAAACUCACAACGUGGAAACGCAUAUGUUUGCAUCUCAAUGGUUUUUGACCCUCUUUACUGCCAGAUUUCCCUUGUAUUUUGUGUUUCACAUCAUCGAUGUUUUUCUACUACAGGGUAUUGAUACUUUGUUCCAAGUAGCACUAGCUUUAUUGAUGUUGUGCAAAAAAGACCUUUUACAAUUAGAUUUCGAAGGAAUUCUAAAAUAUUUCCGUGUAUCUCUUCCAAAAAAAUGCAGAACAGAAGAAUCCGCCAAACAGCUGAUUAAACUGGUCUGCAGCAUUAAAGUCAAGAAGCUUAAAAAAUACGAAGCAGAUUUAAACAGCCUCAAAGAAAGCUGGGAAAUUAUCAAUUUGGAUUCAGAGGUUGCAGAGAAAAAGGAACAGGAGGCCAACGAGACGGAGCAGCUGCGUUUGGCAGUCACCCGCUAUGAAGAAGAACGCAAGCUGAUGUUGGAGGAAAUUUCGCAGCUGAAAGAUAUGUUGAAACGGGAAGUUAACCAGGCGGAAACCGACAAAAAGAAUAACAUCGCUAUCAUUAAUGAUUAUAAAAUGGUCAGGCAACGUUUGGACACUCAACUGCAUGCUGUCAGAGCCGAGCUGGAUGGAUUAAAGGUUAACAUAGCAAACUGCGAAAUAUGCACAGCCUUUCUCGAAGUGAACAAGUCAGACACAAAGCAAAACAUAAACGACCAAUUAAAUGAAGAAGAACGAGUUAGAGAGUUGGAAUUAGAGCUUGCGCAGACCAAACUAGCCCAUGUUGAAGCUGAAUGCAGAAAUCAGAAUCUGACCCACCAACUCCGUGCCACCGAGUUGGAGCUAAACACGGCCAAAAACAGUUGGCCGCCCUGGUUGAGCAAGACGCUGAGUUCCAUCAAAGAGGUGGCCAACAAGAAAGAGUUCACCCACUUCGCGUAUCCGCCGAACCAGUUGCCGAACGUGAACCCCACCUUCAUCUCGCACAUCAGCGAGGCGAGGCGCGAGAGCGUGCCGAUCAGACACGACAAACCGGCGAUCGUUGCCGACGGCAGACGAGAAUCGGCGCCGCCCUUAAUCAAAGAUUCGCAGAGUUGCAGCAGCCUGCAGUCU